ACCCACGUGACACAGAUACAGGAAACCUAACCGUAGUGGGCUGUCUCCGUCUCGUUUCAAAUAAAACGUCUCUUCGACUGUCCUUUAAAGUUGACCGUUUGUCGGUCGCAUUGAGCUCCAGAGCCAGCUGUAUGAGCUUGUUGUGACAGGAGCCAUGGCCCUGCUGUUGUCGGUGCUGAGGACGGCUGGGGGUCGGGUCCCCGGGGCUCGGGUCCCCGGGGCUCGGGUCCCUUCACGACGCUACAGCAGCAGAACUUCGUCGUCGCAGUUCCUGCAUGAGAGCGUCGUGCCGACGAUGCAUUACCAGAAGAGUUUACCCAGACUACCCAUCCCGAAGCUGGAGGAAACCAUCCCGAGGUAUCUGGCUGCUCAGAGACCUCUGCUGGAUGAUGAUCAUUUCAGAACAACACAGACGAUUGCUCUGGAUUUCCAGAACGGUGUGGGGAAACAGUUGCACCAGGCACUGGUGGCCCAGGACCAGAACAACAAGCAGACCAGCUACAUCUCGGAUCCGUGGUUUGACAUGUAUCUGUCAGCGCGGGACUCCGUGGUGCUGAACUUCAACCCCUUCAUGUCCUUCACUCCGGAUCCUAAGAAAGAGUACGACGACCAGCUGGUGCGGUCAACCAACAUGGUGUGUUCAGCUGUGCGCUUCAUGAAGACGCUGCAGGCAGGCCUACUGGAACCCGAGGUGUUUCACCUGAACCCAGCAAAGAGCAACACAGACACAUUCAAAAACCUGAUCCGCUGGGUGCCCUCUUCCCUGUCUUGGUACGGAGCCUAUGCUGUGAAUGCAUAUCCUCUGGAUAUGUCUCAGUACUUUCGCCUCUUUAAUUCAACCCGCAUUCCCAAACGAGGGAAAGAUGUCCUCUUCACUGAUGAGAAAGGCCAGCAUGUUCUCGUAUUGAGGAAAGGCAACUUGUAUGUAUUCAAUGUUGUAAACAGAGAUGGUAAUUUGGUGGAACCUGCAGAGAUACAGUCCCACUUGAAGUACAUUCUGUCUGACUCGGCACCAAAAGCUGCCCACCCACUGGGCGUCCUGACCAGCGAGAACAGGGAUGUUUGGGCUGGACUGAGGGACAGGCUGGUUGCUGCUGGAAAUGCUGAAAAUGUGCAUCUGAUCGACAGCGCCCUGUUCUGUCUCUGCCUGGAUGACGAGAGCAUGCGAGACCACAUCCACAUCUCCCACAACAUGCUGCACGGCGACGGCUGCAACCGCUGGUAUGACAAGUCCUUCAGCAUCAUCGUGACCAAAGAUGGUCAGGCAGCCAUUAAUUUUGAACACUCGUGGGGGGAUGGAGUAGCUGUGCUCCGCUUUCAGAACGAGAUCUUUCGAGACACGACGGAGCAGCCGCUCGUCCACCCGGGCUCUGCUGCUCUGGCCGUGGACUCGGCCUCUGCCGUGCGCAGACUCACCUUCAACCUCGACAGUGAGCUGCAAAACGGCAUCAAAAAAGCCAAGGAGAACUUUGAUUCAGCUGUGUCCAGACUCACCAUUGAUGCCAUAGAGUUCAAGAAGGGUGGAAAGGAGCAGUUAAAGAAGAGCAAGCUGAGUCCAGAUGCUGUAGCCCAGCUAGCGUUUCAGAUGGGCUUCCUGAGGCAGUACGGCCAAACGGUGGCCACGUACGAGUCCUGCAGCACCGCAGCGUUCAAGCACGGCCGGACGGAGACCAUCCGGCCAGCCACGGUGCACACCAAACGCUGCUCCCAAGCGUUUGUUCACCAGCCCGGGAAACACAGCGUGGAGCAGCUGCGCGCCAUGCUAGCAGACUGCUCCCAGUACCACGGCCAGCUCACCAGAGAGGCCGCCAUGGGUCAAGGAUUUGACCGUCACCUGUUCGCCCUGCGCUACCUGGCCGAGACGGCUGGUCAAGCUGUCCCUGACCUGUACACGGACGCAGCUUACGCCGCCAUCAACCACAACAUCCUCUCCACCAGCACCCUGACCAGUCCUGCCGUCACCCUGGGGGGCUUCGCUCCAGUUGUGCCGGACGGCUUCGGCAUCGGUUACGGCGUCCACGACGACUGGAUCGGCUGCAACGUGUCCAGCUAUCCAGCUCGCAACGUCCAUGAGUUCCUGCAGUGUGUCCACAAGUCUCUGGAGGACAUUUUCAGUGUCUUAGAGGGGAAACCAAUCACAGAUUGAAAGGUCUCAUCACCAAACGGCAGAGUUGUUCACAACUUUUAGUUAUGUUAAGCUGGGAAUAAAAACUGCUAAAUUGACUACUGAGAUGUUCUAUGAUUUGCACAUGUGGUGGCAGCAGCAGGAAUCUCUCCCAUAGCUUUGCUGUUUGAGGUUAACGUUGUGUUCCACAAUACGUCUUUGUAGCCUUUAAAUACCUAAGCUCAUUACAAACAGCAGCCUUUCUGUUCACAAGCACUUUCAAACAUGUGAAAAUAAAAAACCCACAAUUUUUCAUCACCCUUUAUUUAGAGUACAAAAUUUCAAAACAAAAUAUACAUUGUACAAAGUGGUACUACAACAAAAACAUCGCUCUUAAGUAAUCAUAAAAAGGAAAUGGCAGAUUUUAGAUGGGCUUGAUCUUGAAGUGUAGCCCGAUCAGGCUGAAGACGAGACAUUUCAGAUCUUGUACCAGGUAGUAGAACACACGCAGACCUUCAGGGUCCCUGGAAUUCACAGGAAAUGUUCAACUCAUGACGGCUAGGAACAUACUGAACAUACACUUCCCAGAUACUUCACAUAGUACUUACUUUGACUGGUUGACAUCAAUCAAGGAGCCAAUUUUGGAAGUUGUGAAUGAAAUGUGCUCGUCCCCAAUGACGAUCUCCAACUCCUACAAGAAGAAUAUAUAAAAAAACAAGCAUUUAAAAGUCAUCAUGUUAUUGACCUGUCAGUUUUUAAAGUGUGCCAGUUACUCUCCUUUUCCAGUCUUGUUGCCUCUGUUCUGAUUUGUAUGAGACAUAAUGCUGCAAAAUUCAAAAUGAGCAAAUGUUUUCCAUACAAUGCCAAUAUCUGUUUCAACAUUGGGUAUUUUGUGUUCUAUUGGUAAUAAAAUAAAGGUUUAUGGGGUUUACUAAA